GUCAAGUAUCAAUUUGACAUCUUUUGAUAGUGAAGAGCAGGGAUCAGUUUAGAGGUUAUGUUUUUCUUGGUGUUUCAAUUUGUAAUAAAUACACAACAAAUAGCUCCAAAUCCAAUCCGAUAAUGGCUCUACUUAAAAGUUUGACUAUUCGUAAUAUUUUUUCAACCACACAUAAGGCUGUAAUAUCAUCUUUGAGAGCCUAUUCUUCAACCCCAGUAGCAGCGGAAGAUAACGACGAGCCGGUAGAGAUAGAAAACCCCUAUAAAAAGGAGAGACGCCAGUGUAUUCUAUGCAAACUAAAUAUCACCCCUGACUACAAAAACUACAGAUUGUUAUCCCAAUUCCAGAGUCCCUACACAGGAAGGAUAUAUGGGAGACACAUUACUGGCCUAUGUAAAGCAAAGCAGGCUUUAGUUGAAUCAGAAAUAAGGAAAGCUCAGAACUGUGCAUACUUGCCUUACUAUUAUAAGAAUAAGGAGUUUUUGAAAGAUCCCAAGUUAUUUGACCCUGAGAAUCCGAUUCGAUCGCAUAGAUUUUAGUUUAUUUACCAUAAGGCAUCAUUUCUUUGCAGGCCCAUUGUGCACUGUUAGCCUAUUAUCUGAGCAAUCACUUAUUUCACUAUUAGCAAUUGGAUAUCCUGACUUUUAGACUACCUAGGCUUCAUUAAAGCAGAGUUAUCCUCAAAAAUCGCAGUUAAGCAUUUGAGCUUUCAAAAUUUCAUAGCAGCUUGGGUUUCUUUAGACACUCUUGUGAGUGGCUCAGGCAAUAGCAGUCAAAGUACACCUAGCCUUAGUGAAAUUUUUAUAAACAUAUUAUUUUAGAAAAUUGAGGACAGGUCAGACUGCAGUCAAGGUCUCAAUAUGUCAUCAAAUAAAAAAACUAUUAGCCAAAAGUGAAAUAAUGAUAAGAAUUUGAUCAUGUUGGCAUCAAAGUUUGGUUUGGUGGCUGCCCAUCAUGCCAGGUUGUAUGUAGUCUAUAAUAAUUCUUGAGUAUUGAAAGGAAGAAAUUGUUGUACCCAAUAAGUAGUUUAGUUUACCAAAUGUGUAUUGUUUAUGUUUGAAUAAAAAUCACAGCUGAA